UAUAUGAAUGAGUUAGACUAGUAGGAUACCUCUCAUUCUCUCCUUCCUUCCGAGCCAGCUCUUGUUGUUGAUUCAUCUUACGGAUCGUCUUUCUUAUUACUAUUUACUCUUGGAUUUUGUAUUUAUCUCUUCACUUGUUUUCCUUUUCGAACACAAGCACUCAAUUCUCUCUCUCUCUCUUCUCCAAAUCCACAUAUCUUCAUCUGCCUGAUUUCUUUUUCCGCAUAGUUGAUUUAAUUAUUUAGUCUUGACGUAGAGGGUGCAAUGUCAGCAGAUUUUAACGUGAUAUGUGGAUUGUAUGAGGCUGAAGCAGCUAGUCAGAAGGAUACCAGUGUUGAUUGUAAUGGUGACAAGAAUGAUGAUGGUCCUGUCAAUGCGGGAGCUGAUCAGGUUGGGGAAUUGAAGGGUGAUGGGGUGGAAUCUGAGUCCAAAACCGGUGUCCGUGACGAUCAAGAAAAUAUUCAGUCUGCGGAGGAGGAGAGGGAAGAAAAGCCGGUGGAAAUCUUGGAAGAUCCAGAUGUAGAAGGGAACAAACAGGAGUUAAUUAAUCACGAUGAACUCUCAAAUGCAGUGGCAGAAGCUCAGGAAUACCAAUCCACUAGUGUGGAUGUUGCUGAGUCUGAGCAAAAUCGAUCAAGUAAUGAUGAGGAGGAAAGCAACUUUAAUUUGUCCAUUGACGUAAAAGGACAUGAAGAUUCUCAGGCCGUAGUUAUCGAUGGUGUUCAUAAUUAUUUGGGUUUGCAUUUGGAUCAGCAGAGUGACCCGGUGGAAUUGAACAAAACUGAUGAUGUUGCGGAAUCCGAGCCCAAUCAGUAUAGGAAUGAUGAUAAGAAGAUUGAGGAAAGCAAAUUAGGUUCGAAAGAUUCUCAGACUGAAGUUAGCAAGGGUCUUCAUAAUAGUUUGGACUUGUAUCGGGAGAAUAAACCCAAGGAAUUGACGAAUGGUGAUGAUUUUACUGAAUCCAAACCAAAACCAUCUAGCAAUGAUGGGGAGAAAGUAGGGUUAGAGGAGAAAAGCAAAUUGGACUCAGCCAUCCAAUUAGACGAAGACAAAUUAUCUCAGCCUGUUGUUAUCAAUGGUGUUCAUAAUAAUUUGGAUUUGAACCAGGAGAAGGAACCGUCUGAAUUGAUCAAUGAUGUUCCCCUGAAAGAUUCUGGUGAGGCGUCUGGGGAUUCUCUCGAGCAGAACUCGGAAACAGCCCCAGUUGUGGCUGAUGAAAUACUGGAAGCAGAAUCUGAUGAAGGUCUUUUAUCCGAUGGAAAUAGAGAAGGUUUAUCUGCUGGUCAUGCUCAAGAUACUGUUGCAGAAACUCAGGUUGUUGAUAGCCUGGUUGAUGCCAAACAAAAUUUGUCUGAGAGCUCUUCCGAAAAUGUUGAACUCGGAGCAACUUCUGAUGCUGAAACUGGUAAGAGUUUUCCAAUUGCUAGUGAUAAUGGUACAUCAGGAGACGCAACAAAUCACAUCCUCAAGGAUGCUGUGCAAUCAGAGGUGCUGGCUGCCAAUGGCCUUGAUAUUCAUGAAGAAGACUUGCUUGUCAACCUGGAAAGUGCUUCACAAACUGUUCUUGUAAAUGACCUUGUUCAUGCCAGUCAAAUGACAUCUGAGCAUAGUCAUACCUUGGAAAUCAGCAUGGAAGUGUCCUCCGAUAAUGUUGCAUCUGUUAAAAGUUGUGAAAGUUUCCCAAUUUCUCCUAGCAAUGAUGAUAUGGUGGCAGAACUAGCUGUCGGAAUUAAUGAUUCUCUAUCAGUGGAAGAUACAAAGCUAUGUGAUAUUGCGAGAACAGAGACGGAGGUUGAUAGCUUACAUGCUGAUGAUAGUGGAAUUACUGAAGUUGAUGCAAAAGUAGAAGCUGGAGAUGAUAAUUGCCCUGCUUAUGAUGUGAAGCCAGAUAUUGGGACUGUUUCCCCUUCCAUUGAACCAGAAGAGAAAGUAUCUUCAAGCAGCCCUGCUAAUGAUGUGAAGCCAGAUAUUGGGACUGUUUCCCAUUCCAUUGAACCUGAAGAGAAAGUAUCUUCAAGCAGCCCUGCUAAUGAUGUGAAGCCAGAUAUUGGGACUGUUUCCCCUUCCAUUGGAUCUGAAGAGAAAUUAUCUUCAAGCAGCCCUGCUAAUGAUGUGAAGCCAGAUAUUGGGACUGUUUCCCCUUCCAUUGAACCUGAAGAGAAAGUAUCUUUAAGCAGCCCUGCUAAUGAUGUGGAGCCAGAUAUUGGGACUGUUUCUCAUUCCAUUCAACCUGAAGAGAAAAUAGAUAUUGUUGCUGCUGAGGUGGGGAAAGGAGCUUUGAAAGUAGAUGUUGCUGAGGUGAGGAAAGGAGCUUUGAAAGUAGAUGUUGUUGCUGAGGUGAGGAAAGGAGCUUUCGAUGUCACCAAGUUUCCAAGAUAUGAUGAAAAUAACAAAGAAGAGGUAAAACAUGAUAAAUUUAAAGUUGAGAAGAGUAGUAAAAGUCGGGAUGCUAUUCAACCUCAAAUCCAAAUGAAAAAGUUUGGGGACCAAAAGAAUCAGACCGCUAAAACUAAAGGGCAUGCAAAACCUGCUGCUUUGGAGAAUGGUUCACUAACUGUUGGUGGAAAGUAUUGGAUUGAAGAGCCAAGACAAGAUGAGAAUAAGCUGAUUAAGGCGGAAGAAGAGUUGGCUAGGAAGGCAAGACAAGAUGAGAAUAAGCGGAUUAAGGCGGAAGAUAAGUUGGCUAGGAAGGCAGAGGAAUUGAGAAAGGAAAAGGAAGCAGCCAUGUUAAAGGAGCAACGGAGAUUGGAGGAGAAUGCCAAAGCUAAAGAGGCAAUGGAGAGGAAGAAACGAAUGGCAGACAGGGCUCAAGCCAGGGCUGCACUCAGAGAACAGAGGGAAGCUGAGCAGAAAGAGAAGGAAAGGGAGAAGAAGGCAAGGAAGAAGGAAAGGAAGAAGGCAGCAGUAGAGGAUACUAAAGAUAUCGAUGAGAUUGAAUCUUCUCCUAGUUCUGAAACUCCUAUUGAAAUGGAGGAGUCUGAAAGAACAGAAAAACCUGUGACAAAGAGGCCUCAAAACCCAUCAGAGUUUGCAAAGCAGACCAAGUAUAAAUCAAUGCCUCUGCCGCUUCGCAACAGGGGUAAGAGAAAGAGGCAGACAUGGAUGUGGGCCCUUCUCUCACUGCUUGUUGUUAUCGCCUUGUUUUUUGUGGGGAACAGCGGCUUCUUUCAUGUUGUGCUGCAAAGGUCUGGCAUCUAAAUACACACAUAUUCAUUAGAUAAUCACAGAGAGGUUUCCUAUAGAUAUUUAAUUAAGCAAUUCUUUGUACUCUUCCGGUGUUUCCUUCCGUCCGAGUUUGCUUUAUUUACUCUCUGGGUUUUACUUCCACACAACCCAUUGACAGUUGGUUUUUUUCUGUUAUAUGCCAACAUUAACAUAAAUCAUCUGCUAUUGAGUUUAUUUAUUUAGUUUGAUACAAAAUAAUAAGCACAGUAUUUGUGAA